CGCAUUGUAAAAAACAUUGUGAAUCCUUUGGUAUUCAAGUAGAUUCGAAUUAGUCGUAAUUCAGAUUUCAAACUCACAAGUUUUUCAAAAAUUUUCUCCAUCUGUGCUUUAAUACUUUCUGUGGAUUGAAAGGAAACAUUUUGUAUCAUAAUUUUAUUUCUGCAAGAUUGUUGGAAAAUCGUGUAGAACUAUUGAUUCCUUAUACAAUCGCAAAGUCAUAAACGAAUGAGAAAUGAAAACAUUAAUCAUAUUUAGUGUCAUUUUUAUUAUCUCAUCAACAACAAUUCAGGCUGCUCCACUUCAAAGCCUUUCUGAUAAACUCACAUCAUCAUCGGGUGGUGAUCAAACAAAAGAAAGAGUUCCAAACGAUGAACCAUACAAACCCGAAGCGUCCAAUAAAAGCAAGUUUGAGAAUGACGAAAAUGUAAAAGAGUUAGAUGGUUUGAAGACUCAAACAAAUGCUGGCAAAGAAGCUGUGGAAAUAACAGACAAGGUUGAAGAUUCUUUAAGGAAAAUCCAUGAUAUGAAUCCACAACAUAAAUCGAGUGAUGACAAACCACCAAAGAAAUAUCGUGGGGCUGCUCGUUUGGCUUUCGGGCAGAACGCAGAAGAAGCAACGGAAAUUCCGACUACAGUGAAGCAGAAGGAAAUUUUGGAAAAUCUUCCGUUUCCUGAAGCUAGCGAGGCAACAACUUCAGCAACAAAGAACGGUCAACGUCGUUCUGUGAAGAGUGACCUUUCUGUCAGUGCUGAUUCCAUACUGCGUCACUUGAAUGGAAAAUAUUCUGCUUAUGAUAUGGCCCAGUACAUUUUUUGGACGGGAGAUGAAGAAGGCGUUGCAAAAGCAAUCGAAGAGCUUAUUGACGAAGGUUUGAUGAGUCGAGAAAAUGCCAUCACAUUUCUAAACGACAUUCGAAUUGGUAUUGAUUACUUAGAAAACACUUACAAUUUAAAGAAUGGAGAAACAAAGAAUACAAGUCCUUUCGUUCGAUUCACAUCAUUUACGACUUCAACAACCGAAGCUCCUGUGGAAGAUUUGCCAUUUAAUUACAACUACAACUACCAGAAGUUUCAUAGCUUCUUUAAGCCCAGUCACAAGAAUAAAAUCCAUUUUGAUGAAGAUGAAACGCCAACGCUUUCACCAGUUGUACUGAAGGUAUUAGAGAAGAUUCCUUCAUUGUUGAAGCUUACAGAGGUUCAUAGUUUUAACAACAAACAAGGACUUAAAAGCUCAUUUGAUGAAGAAGGUGGAAGAUCUCGUUUGGCAGAUUUCUUGUAUGGUGAAUAUCCUCUCGAAGAAGUAAUUUAUCAACUAGCGAAGGUAAUGUUCACUCAGAGUUUAACUCAUGGCUCUGAAGAAUCUCAGGAUGCACUGCAAAAGCUCACACAAUUUUUAGACAAUGAAGGCAAGAAUGGCCGCAUUUCACCUACACUCCAGAAGAAAGUUCUUGAUGUCUUACUUGCUGCACUCUCUGAUACGUUGAGCGAAAAUCCCGAAGUCAUGGAAAAAGCACGCCAUGCGAUUAUGUCUAAAUAAAGGGAAAGGAUUAAUAAUUUAAAAAUAUAAAUAAAAUAUUUAUGUACUUAACGUUUCAUUGUAACCCACACAUCCUGACAACCAUUCUAAAGAGUGAAGGCUAUUUUUGUAUGAGUCAAUGGAGGCUGAGUAUUGAUUAAGACAGAGCUUCAAUAUCUGGUGGAAUAAAUAUUGAAAAAAACACAGGAAAUAUAAAACACACGAUGUAGAUUGUAGAAGAACUGAAUAAAGUUUAUCAUCCGUUACCUACAAUAAGUAAC